CUCACACCAACCAGCUCGCAGCCAAAGAGCUCCUCUGUCUCUCUCACACUCACCGGGCUUUAAACCUGAACUUUCCCCCUGAAAAAAACAUUACUCCAGAGGAAGUUAUUGCUCAAGUCUAAAGUCUUAACCCUUGAGUCAAAGAACGAGUGUGACAGAGAGGAAGAGAAGCAACAGAUUACUCAGCAGCACCUUUAAGGUGUCCCCAUCACAUUCAAGUUCCUGCACGUUUAAUAAGACAUCUGAAGAUCCAGAGGCAGCUAUGACUCAGAGCAACGGGGAGAACCCACAGAGGACCCGGAGUGGGCUCCACCAGAUCCGGGCCGGGAUCCAGUCCCAAACACUGCGGGCCAAAAAGAGAGUGGAGAGCAUGACGAAGGGCCAUGUGAAAGGAUUCUUCAUGAGAAAUGCCUUUGUGAUCUUUACCGUAGCUGCUGUCAUUAUUGGCAUCAUCCUUGGAUUUGCCCUUCGGCCCUACAAAAUGUCUUACCGGGAGGUGAAGUUCUUCUCUUUCCCUGGAGAGCUGCUGAUGAGAAUGCUUCAGAUGCUUGUGCUGCCCCUGCUGGUUUCCAGCCUCAUCACAGGUAUGGCCGCUCUGGACAGCCGUGCUUCUGGGAAAAUGGGUAUGAGGGCAGUGAUCUACUACACCACCACUACUGUCAUUGCUGUGUUCAUCGGCAUCGUCAUGGUGCUCGUUAUUCACCCUGGAAAAGGAUCAAAAGAUGAGUUCACCAACCAGCAGCACAUAGAGCAGGUUAGCCCCGCUGAUGCCUUCCUGGACCUUAUCAGAAACAUGUUUCCUCCUAACCUUGUGGAGGCUUGCACCAAACAGUUUAAGACGCAGUAUGCCCUGAGGGUAGUCCAUGUGAAGAUGACAGUGAAUGAAACUAUAUUCACACUUAAUGAAAGCCAGCCGAUAACCCAUAAGGAGAUGAUUCCAGUGCCAGGGUCGGUUAAUGGAGUCAAUGCUUUAGGCUUGGUGGUUUUCUCCAUCUGCUUCGGUCUGAUCAUCAGCAGCAUGGGGGAGCAGGGGAAGCCCCUCAAAGACUUCUUUGACUGUCUCAAUGAAGUCAUCAUGAGGCUGGUCGCCAUAAUCAUGUGGUAUGCCCCUAUCGGUAUCCUGUUCCUAAUUGCUGGUAAGAUUGUGGAGAUGGAUGACAUCGCAUCCAUGGGAAGCCAGCUGGCAAUGUACACCGUGACAGUCAUAUGCGGCCUGCUCGUCCACGCCAUCUUGGUCCUGCCAACACUUUACUUUGUGGUCACCAGGAAGAACCCGUUUGUUUUCAUCGGUGGGCUGUUGCAGGCACUCAUCACUGCCCUGGGAACAUCCUCAAGUUCUGCCACACUGCCCAUCACUUUUAAAUGCCUGGAGGAAAACAACAAGGUGGACAAGCGUGUGACCCGUUUUGUGCUCCCCGUCGGUGCCACCAUAAACAUGGAUGGCACCGCUCUAUAUGAAGCCCUGGCUGCCAUCUUUAUCGCUCAGGUCAAUAAUUAUGACCUUGACUUUGGACAGAUUCUCACCAUCAGUAUCACAGCCACAGCAGCCAGUAUUGGAGCAGCUGGAAUCCCUCAGGCAGGACUGGUCACCAUGAUGAUAGUGCUAACGUCUGUAGGCCUGCCCACCGAUGACAUCUCACUCAUCAUUGCAGUUGAUUGGUUCCUGGACCGAUUGCGCACCACCACCAAUGUCCUUGGCGACUCCAUCGGGGCAGGUAUAGUGGAACACCUGUCUCGCCACGAGUUGCAGAAGAAGGACCUCGAGGUGGGAAACUCAGUGGUGGAGGAAGCAGACAAGAAGCCGUACCAGCUCAUCUGCCAGGAGAAUGAGUAUGAAAACGAAAGGCCUGCUGACAGCGAGACCAAGAUGUAAAUUGUUGCAUACAUUCUUAGGAAAACCAUUGCACUGCAUUGAACCACAAACUAAGCUCUUCUUAAUUUGCAAACCUUCCUCUCACAAGAUUAAAGGGAUCACAUUAAAUUGAUCUACAGCUAGAAUAUAUUUCAGCCAAGAUGAGUUCCACUAAUGUGUGAGGUCUAGUGUGGGCUUUCCGGACACACUGUAGACUUGAAAUGGUUCACUGUUGCAUUGUUUUUCUAAAGAUUUUUAACUAUGGUGUUUCCUAAGAGUACUACAUGUAUCUGCUAUAGGGUGGAAGCUGUUUAUUUUUCAGUAAGAAUGAACUACUAGAGCCUGGUGGUCCGUGGACUGCAUAGCAUAUUCAACUCCUUUCAGAACUGUGAUGUCUAAUCUCCCCCACUAGAGGUCAGUAUUGCUGUGAGUCUUAACACCACAGUAGAUGACAUUACAUUACAAUAUUAUAUUAUUACAGCAUAUACUUUACUUUUUCUGGCUUUAAAAUUGUGUUAUCUGUGUUCUAUGAGAAAAGUGUAAACGAAAUGGUUGUAAAAAUCAGUUUGGAUACUGAACAGUGUUGGAUAUCAUGCACAGGCCAACUUCUUUGGUGUAAAAGGGCUGCCUAUUUACAAACUUCUGCACAAACAUUAGUGGCUUUAUUUUCUUUAUUUGGUGUACAGACUUCAACUGAACGAUUGAAAGAUGUCAUGUAACCUAAGACACACAUACCUUUGUCCCCUAACUGUCCAAAGCAGGAAGUGCUAUUCAAAGCUGUCAGAAUAUAUUGGCAACUGUCCAGCCCUCUUUGUGACACAUACACCUCAAACCAAUUAUUACAAUCAUUAAGACGGACAAACCAAAAUCACUCAGCCAUGUUUUUAACCUGUAAAUUUGCUCCGCUGAGAAUCUGAACUGUAAUCAAAUCAGAAUUUUAUGCCAUUAUAUUUCAACCAAAAAAAGCACCAAAAAUAUUUUCCAAUUUUGUGUACAGUACAAAUCAUACACGCCAAAACAAAUUGCUAACCUGCACAAUAAUGAAGUGCUGCUUCAAUAGGAAGAUAGUAAUGAUUUUUUUCUGCUAAAUUCUCAUUUUGAGCCAGCUCACUAACAUGGGCAUGUAACAAAAAUGUAUUUGGUUAAAACAUUCACAUGUCAGUAUGAUAUAUUUGUUUUUAUAUUAGAUUAGUAAGAUGGUAGUCAGAAGGUUGAAUAUAUAUGAUCGUCUAUUCGCAAUUCAGCUUUCUUUAGAUUUACAAAAUCUAAUGUUUAUUUCAUUUGGUUUAAUAUGGAUGCAUGUUGUAAAAUCACACAUUUCAGUUAAUUCCCCAUCUAUUUUAGUUAACUUGUACUUGAGAUAUUUCAGUAUACAUAACAUAUAAGUUGCUUUGUAUAGAAGAUUCUUCUGAAUAUACUGUACUUGUAUUGUAUAUAGAAAUGUAGAUAAACGUGUACAUUAAUUGUAGAUUUAAAUAGUAAAAGGUUACUUGAGGAUUGCAUAUGUAAAGAUGUUGUAACCAUGCUCUUAUCAAACCUAAUGACCAAACUAACAAUCCCUCUAGUUCCUUCUACAAAUGCAAAACUGGCUGAUUUAAAGGACCAAAUGUUUUUCCUGUACGCACUUCAGGAAAUGGAAUCACUCCUUUGUUUACAGUUGCUGGUGUCUCUCUUUAUAUGACUGUAUGUGACUGCACACACGCACACUCACACACACACUCACACACACACACACACACACACACACACACACACACACACACACACACACACACACACACACACACACACACACACUCACACUCACACACACACACACACACACACACACACACACACACACAAACUGAGCAAUAGUUGUAGUUUUAUCUUGCAUGGGUUUUUAUGAAUAAAAAAAU